AUGGUAACAAAAGAAGAAGACGAUGAAAUCAGAAGCGAAGCAGCCGUCGUCGUUCUCGGCGACGUUGGCAGAAGUCCCCGGAUGUGUAACCAUGCAAAAAUGCUGGCUGACGGCGGAUUCGAUGUGAAAAUCAUUGGUUUUUACGAUUCGAUACCCGGAGAACAAAUUACAAAUCAUCCGAGGAUCAAAAUCGUCGGAAUUCCCGCACCCCCAGAUUUCAUGGAUUCGUUGCCUGCGAUAGUUCAGCUGCCUCUGAAAUUGAUUUGGAAUUUUGUUACGCUGCUUUUGGCGAUGGCUUUCAGAACGAGUGCAUUCAAUCUUCGUGUGAUUCUAAUGCAGAAUCCGCCGGGAUUACCGACGGCGAUAGUUUGUUUCUUGAUCUCGCUAAUCAAGUGCUCCAAGUUCACAAUCGAUUGGCACAAUUAUAUGUACUCGAUUCUCCAGAAUAAGUACAAUAUAGCCGAUGGAGAUACAUCGCCGAAGGGAAAAAUUGUGAAAGGUGUCUCAAUUCUCGAGGGGAUCUGCGGCAAAUUAUCCGACUACAACCUCUGCGUCACUGAUGCGAUGCGACGGGAUUUAAUGAAACGAUGGGGAGUGAGAGCGAACACAUUUUACGAUCGACCGCCGACGUGGAAAUUUAGACCCACAAGUCUUCUGGAAAUCCACGACUUGUACUCAAAGCUAGGGGAAGUUCCGAAGGCAAACGAGACAAUUCUCACACGAAAGUCGAUUGAUGGAUCUCUAACUCUUCUCCCUGAUCGCCCCCUUGUCCUUCUAUCUUCCACGUCAUGGACUCCAGAUGAACGCUUUGAAAUUCUGCUCGACGCCCUUGUAGACUACGAGGAGGCCGCAAAAAACGAUAAGGAGCUCCCGAAGAUUCUGCUGAUUAUCACUGGAAAAGGGCCGCUGAAAGCAAAAUAUCUGGAAAACAUUCAGAAGAAAGACCUGAAAAAUGUGAAGAUUCUGACGCCAUGGUUAGAAGCCGAUGAUUAUCCGAAGAUUCUCGCAUCCGCGGAUUUAGGAAUUUCUCUACACACGAGCACUUCUGGAUUGGAUCUUCCUAUGAAAGUUGUCGAUAUGUUUGGAGCGAAAAUUCCAGCGUUGGCUCUCAAAUUCAAGUGUAUUGAUGAACUGGUCGGGGACCGAGUCAAUGGUUAUCUCUUCGAGGAUUCCAACCAGCUGAGUCGUCAAAUUGUGGAACUCUCGCGAGGAUUUCCCAACAGAUGUGAAGAUUUGAUCCGUCUCAAGAGGAAUACACGAGAGAUGAAGUUCGAAUCAUGGGAAACGAUGUGGAAACGAUCGGCGGCUCCGGCGGCGAACCUUACACCACCGGAUAAUGGAUUUGCGAAGUUGAGAGCCAUCAUUCAGCUGUCUUUCCUUGUGAUAAUGAUAUUGAUUCCAAUUCAUUUGGCGAUGGGAACAUUUUCGGGGCUUUUUUCUCCUAAACCUUAA